CAUACAACGACCAAGAGCUUCUGCAACAAAAAUGCCGAAAAGCGGCAAAAGAAAGCAGGCUGAGGUCGAGCAGAAGCCAAAAUCUGCAACCAAAUCAGCCAAAACCUCCAAUGGCUUGAAAGAGACCUCAAAAGACCCAUACCCGAAUCACCCUCGACCCACCGCAGAAGAAUGUCUGUUCGUACGAGACGACCUCUUGGCCUUCCAUGGCUUCCCCAAAGAAUUCGCCGAGUACCGAAAGCAGAGACUGAUUUCUCGAGACGCCGAUGGCACCGGGAUUUCAGAGCCGUCCGAUCUGAAAGAAAGUGUUUUGGAUGGGUUAGUGAGGACUCUGCUGUCUCAAAAUACCACGGAAGUCAAUUCUCAAAAAGCUUUUGCAUGUCUCAAGUCCGCUUUUCCAACUUGGGAAGAUGUUCUUGCUGCUGACUCGAUAUGCAUAGAGGAUGCCAUAAGAUGUGGAGGCUUAGCCCGGACCAAAGCUUCGUGUAUUAAGAACCUACUGAGGUGUUUGCUAGAGAAAAAGGAAAAGUUGUGCUUGGAGUACUUGAGAGACUUGUCUGUUGAUGAAAUUAAGGCUGAGCUCUCUCAUUACAAAGGAAUCGGUCCCAAAACGGUUGCGUGUGUUCUGAUGUUCCAACUUCAGCAAGACGAUUUUCCUGUGGACACACAUGUGUUUGAGAUUGCAAAGGCUAUGAGUUGGGUGCCAGUUGAAGCAGACAGGAACAAGACAUAUCUUCAUCUUAACCAGCGGAUCCCAAAUGAACUUAAAUUUGAUCUCAACUGCCUCUUGUUUACACAUGGUAAACUCUGCCGCAAAUGCAUCAAGAAAGGAGGUAACCAGCAAGGAAAAGAAUCCCAUGAUAACUCCUGCCCUUUAUUACGUUACCGUAAGUAAAUAGUAAAUUGCAGAGUUUUACCAUCGUCUAGGGACAAAAAGUUUAGUUUAACCUUCUUGUAAUUUCUUAGGAAAAGACAAUUUGGCCAUCAAAUCUAGUCUUUUACGAUGUUAAUGUGCAUGUUAAUCGCAUAUUUUGUCAGUUGACUUGUGAAUGAUAAAAAUUUCGGAAAUGAAAGUAAGAAAUGGGUUUGACAAA